AUGUUUUCUGUAGUUGUGUACAUCCACAAAUCUAAAAUCUUAAUAGAUGCUUAUUUUUUCAUCUUUUCCAGGGUCCUGGUAGAAUUUUAUGUGAAUGAAAACUCCUUCAAAGAGCGGCUGAAACUAUUUUUUAUAAAAAAUCAGAGAUCAAGUUUAAGGGUCCGACUGUUUAAUUUCUCAUUGAAGCUGUUGAGUUGCCUGCUCUACAUCAUACGAGUAUUACUAGAUGAUCCACGAGAUGGCAAGGGGAACUGCUGGGAAUGUCCAAAACAGAACUAUUCUUCACAGCACAAAUUUGACUGGACCCCCAUCAUUUGGGUGAACCGGCCUGUUCCUCUGUGGGCACUCCAGGUGCUUGUUGCAUUAAUCAGCUUUUUAGAAACCAUGCUGCUGACCUAUCUGGGAUACAAGGGAAACAUUUGGGAGCAGAUCUUGAGAUUCCCUUUCAUUCUGGAAAUGUUCAACACACUACCAUUCUUUGUUACUGUAUUUUGGCCUCCACUGAGAAGUCUUUAUAUACCAGUCUUCCUCAACUGCUGGCUGGCAAAACAUGCAUUGGAGAACAUGAUCAAUGACCUGCAUCGUGCCAUCCAGAGGACUCACUCUGCCAUGUUUAAUCAAGUCUUCAUCCUCAUAUGCACCCUUAUCUGUCUAAUGUUUACUUGUAUCUGCGGCAUUCAGCACCUGGAGAGAGCAGGCAAUAAUCUCACUCUCUUUGACUCCUUAUACUUCUGCAUUGUCACCUUCUCCACUGUGGGUUUUGGUGAUGUAACUCCAAAGAUAUGGCCAUCACAGCUUCUAGUGGUCAUCAUGAUCUGCGUUGCCCUUAUUGUGCUACCUAUCCAGUUUGAGCAGCUGGUGUUCCUUUGGAUGGAAAGGCAGAAGUCAGGUGGGAAUUACAGCCGUUACCGAGCUCAGACGGAGAAACAUGUGGUCCUGUGUGUCAGCUCCCUAAAAAUAGAUCUGCUCAUGGAUUUCUUAAAUGAAUUCUACGCACACCCCCGGCUGCAGGAUCAUUAUGUUGUCCUCCUCUGCCCCACUGAAAUGGAUUUGCCUGUAAGAAGAGUUCUACAAAUUCCUUUGUGGUCGCAGCGUGUUAUCUACCUGCAGGGCUCAGCCUUAAAGGAUCAGGACCUCAUGAGGGCAAAAAUUGAUGACGCGGAAGCCUGUUUUAUUCUCAGCAACCGCUUUGAAACAGACCGCAUCGCAGCGGAUCACCAGACCAUCCUCCGGGCCUGGGCAGUAAAAGACUUUGCUCCCAACUGUCCUCUCUUUGUCCAGAUUCUCAAACCUGAAAACAAGUUUCAUAUUAAGUUUGCAGAUCAUGUGGUCUGUGAAGAAGAAUUUAAGUAUGCCAUGUUGGCGCUUAACUGUGUAUGCCCAGCCACCUCUACGCUGAUCACUUUGCUGAUUCACACUUCUCGGGGACAGACAGCUGCUAUGGAUCCUUUUCGCCAGCGCCCUAGUCCCUGGCAAGCUCUAUCCAGAGAUAAUAACCCCACAUCACCUGACCAGUGGCAGAAGAACUACAGCCGUUGUUCCGCCAAUGAAAUCUACCACAUACGACUGAGCGAGAGCAAAUUCUUCGGAGAAUAUGAAGGGAAGAGCUUCACGUAUGCCUCCUUCCACGCCCAUAAAAAGUAUGGGGUGUGCCUGAUUGGAGUUUGCCGGGAAGAUAAAGCCAACAUUUUCCUAAAUCCGGGUCCUUGCCAUAUAAUGUCACCUACAGAUACAUGUUUCUACAUCAACAUAUCUAAGGAAGAGAACUCAGCCUUCAGUUUUAAAGAACACGAGCACAUGCAAAGAUCAGGAGCGCCCAAAUCUGCUUAUCAUGGUCUGACCAGGCUUCCAGUACACAGCAUAAUAGCCAGCAUGGGCACAGUGGCCAUCGAUCUUCAGGGGUCAAGAAGCCCAGAGAGUGUUGAUGGCAACUUGCUAAGCCCACCGGCCGACUCCACUCAUAAAAGAAAACACAGCAUUGAUCCCGUGCCUGACUUAAUUGAUGGUGAUACCAGCACAUCCUUCGACCUUUUGAGUGACCAGUCUGAGGAUGAGAUCAGUCAGUCAGAUGAAGAGCUGGGCUCUUACAAUGACUGGGUAAAGGGCUAUCCCUCCAAUACACCUUACAUUGGCAGCUCACCCACUUUAUGUCACUUACUCCAGCAAAAGAGUCCGUACUGCUGUCUGCGACUUGAUAAGGGUUGCCACCAUUUCCCCUAUGAAGAUGCACGGGCAUACGGCUUCAAGAACACCCUGGUAAUUGUAUCAGCAGAGCGAGCGGGAAACGGGUUGUAUAACUUUAUUGUUCCUCUUCGAGCAUACUACAGAGCCAAGAAGGAGCUGAGCCCUAUUAUACUUCUCCUGGAAAACCCACCCGAUACACAGUUCCUUGAGGCCAUCUGCUGGUUUCCUCAGGUCUUUUACAUGGUGGGAUCCAUUGACAAUCUAGAUGAUAUGCUAAGGUGUGGUGUGAGCUAUGCUGCGCACAUGGUGGUGGUCGGGGAAGAGAGCUCAAUGAUCGCAGAGGAGGAUUAUAUGGCUGAUGCACGGACCAUCGUCAAUGUACAGACCCUCUUCAGGCUUUUUCCAGGAUUAAACAUCAUUACAGAAUUGACACAUCCAGCAAAUAUGAGGUUCAUGCAGUUCAAGGCCAAAGAUAAAUACUCAGUGGUGCUGUCUAAGCUGGAGAAGAGGGAGCGUGAGCGGGGAUCUAAUCUGGUCUUCAUGUUCAGACUGCCGUUUGCUGCCGGAAAGGUCUUCAGCGUCAGCAUGCUGGAUACACUCCUAUACCAGUCCUUUGUUAAGGAUUACAUGAUCUCCAUCACCCGUCUGUUACUGGGUCUGGAUUCCAUGCCGGGUUCUGGAUUCCUGUGUGCUUUGCAGGUGACAGAGGAGGACCUUUGGAUUCGUAGUUACGGUCGGCUGUAUCAGAAGCUCUGCUCCACUACCGGGGACAUACCUAUCGGCAUCUUUCGGACUGAAACCCACAUGCUGUCAGUUUCAGAGUCACAGGUCUCUAUAAGUGUGGAGGACUAUGAAGACACAAGAGAGACUCGUUGGGGAGACACAAUCCAAAGCCGAGGCCCACACCGCAACUCCACCUCUAGUGACCAGUCUGAUCACCCAUUACUGCGCCGGAAGAGUAUGCAAUGGGCCAGAAGACUAAGUCGCAAAGGAGCAAAGCAGCCUGGGAAAUCAGCUUCUGAAAGGAUCAGUCAGCAGAGAAUGAGCCUCUACAGGCGGUCGGAACGGCAGGAGCUCAAUGCGUUGGUGAAGACCAGGAUGAAGCACCUGGGCCUUUCCACAGCAGAGUACAUGGACAUAAUGGAUACAGAUAAUUCAGUAUCUUAUAUACUAAUAAAUCCUCCUCCGGACACAAAGCUGGAACUUAAUGAUGUUGUCUACCUGAUCCGUCCUGAUCCACUGACCCUCGCUCCCGGCAAUGCCAGAAAGGCGAGCGUCACGCGAACUGAGGUUCCGGUUUAUAAUACCAAGAAUAGCACUCAUCUAUGAACCAUAAUCAGGGUGAUGAAGAGGAGAGUAUAAGAAGAUGUGAGGAAGCAAAGCCUCCUGUGAGCCAAGGAUUCCGUGUCCAUCUUGAUUCCAUCGCUACCUCCCGAACCAAACACGGGAAACCUAUGUACACGACUUCUUGCUGCAUAUAUUCCACGGCUUGCUUUAGCGCCUUAUAUUUUGUUCUCUAACUUCUCCUUUAUUGUCAGCUCCUUGAUUAAGACUAUGAGGAAGGCUAUGGUAUGGAGCAAGAUAAGGGAGGUAGAAUUUGACUAGUUAUGUAUAUUAGCCAAUAUCAGACAUGCCAAGUAAUUCUUUCCAUUUGCUCAGGUCUAAAGUUGCACUACAGUAGCCAUAGAGUAUAUCAUGUCAAACCCAUAAAGUAUAUCAUUUUAGGUCCUACUAAAAACAGGUUUUACAAUUCAAAGUCUGAUUUUAUCAGACUCAAUAUGAGAACUUAACAGGUCUUGCCUUUUUUAGCCUCAGUGGUGUAAGUCUUUCAUAUGGGCCCAUAUAUCUUUAUCCCAAAGAAAAGGCCAUGGUCUAGACAUGAAUGGUCCAGGUUGGUAUGCUGACCUUUGUACAAGUGGUGUUGUGUUACCUUUUUUUAUGUGCUAGUGGUAGAUUUAGCAACUGACUUAAAGUGGAGGUUCACCCUAAAAACACAUUUUUUACAUUAAAAAGUACAAUAGUAAGUAAAUUUCAUUUCGGCAGGUUUUUUUUCUUUUUUGCUCUGUACUUACCUUUAUAUCCGGAUUUUGUCCAGGGCUU